AGCUUACCUGCUGCUGAAGCUGAACCUGGAACUCUCAAGACUUCUUUAGCUGCUACUCCACGUUUAGACAAAAUGACAGAGAAAUCAGCCCCAGAUGAGAACCAUAAAACACCCACAUUGAAAGAGAUAGCUGAAACUGGUGUAGCUCAAAGUGUACAGCCAGCAAAUGAAAUACAAGAUCCUAUUGAAGAUACCAGUAAAGCUGAAAGUGCUUCCACAGCUGGUAACUGGGUUGCUUCACCAGAAUGGGUUCAAUCAUGGAAACAGAAAUUACCAUUACAAACUAUUAUGAGAAUGUUACAAGUUUUAGUACCUCAAGUAGAAAAGAUCUGUAUUGAUAAAGGGUUAACAGAUGAAAGUGAGAUAUUAAAAUUCUUACAACAUGGUACUCUAGUUGGUUUGUUACCAGUACCACAUCCAAUAUUGAUCAGGAAGUACCAAGCUAACAGUGGCACUACCAUGUGGUUUAGAACAUAUUUAUGGGGAGUCAUCUAUCUCAGGUUUGUUAUUUUUAUAGUAAUCUGUUUGAGAUAUAUGCCAAGGCUAAUCGUGGAGCAUCAUCCACGGAAAGUUUGA